CGGACGGUAGUGUCGGCUGAUGGCUAGUGGAAGGCGGUGUUAGGAUGGUCGCGCUCUGACUUCACGGAGACCGGAGCUCCAAAGCCAUCUGCCAGGGAUGUGAUCGGACCAUCUCUGAAAGCCACCAUGAUCCAGCGUCAGGGGAUGAUAUCGGUGAUAUGAGCCGCGACCGAGGGAUGCGGCGAUAGCCACUGAGGAUAGCGAUGGUCAGGCGCUGCUCCCUCACUCUCUCCCUGGCCGCGCUCCUGCUCCAGCUCCUCAUCAUGGCACUCUUCCUGGCACUGCGGAAUAGUCAGCGGAGAGACUACGGGCAGUUCUACAACGUUGAUGCCGGAGAAAUAUUGUGCAUACGGAGGCCCGAACUAGACGUUUCUGAGAACAAUCCGUCCAGGCCACUGGUGUUGGCACCUUGCGAGAAGUAUGGCCACAACCUGGACAACACACAGAGGUUCCGUAUGGACUUUGAGGGUCAUUUAUUCAGCCCUGUGCCGAGCAGUGAAGAAUCUCAGCGGGAGUUUUGUGUGGGCUCCGAUCUUCGACUGGGCGGCUGCAAAGACGAACGCGAGGAGUGGGUGUUCACACAGGGCUCUGGACUGGUACACGUGGAAUCCGCCCAGUGUCUGACGCGGGAGCCUGGGUCGCGACUGAGUCUUCGGAGUUGCGACAACCGGCCGGAACAGUACUGGUGGUAUCAGCUGGAGGGACACGCCCCUCCUGUGUGACCCCGGCGAGUACUAAGUAGAGGGACACGACCCGCUUGAGUGACCCCAGAGAGAUGUGUGGCCGGUUGGGUGGCAAUGUGAUGGAAGACAGACUAUUUGUGACGAAAAGCCGGGCCAGUGCAGCUUGUGCUGAAGCGCCGUUGUGAUAUUCUCUGCAGUCCGCAGGCAUCUGGGAAGUGCAAAUGACUUGAAAAAUAUUAACGUUACGGGCACUGUCUGAUUUGCUCUCAUAUUUAUCGCUACCCGGGUUAUACACAUUUUAUUUUAUUGUUAGGUUGCAAGGGAAACGAAAACCAUUCGUUGGCUUUACUCGUACAUGACACAGUUUGGUAAAAACACGCACGUAUGCCAUAGGAGAGGUUAAGGACUCCCUUAAUUAAAACGUCUAAACAUCAGAA